AGGCAGCGGCAAAGACGGAGGGAAACAGAGUAAAACGAAGAUUAAAAAAAGAUUCCCUGGCUUAAAUUUGUUUCUUUUCUUUUUUUUCUCCACAUUUGUGUGUUUUGUACCAGCAGGAUCUUCAGUUGGUUUGGACAAAGACCCUGGGAGAGUGAUCCUGAUUGUCGGAGACAGGAAACAAUGCGUGUUGCACUGCGGCCUCGUAGUGGCUUCUUGGUGCUAUGUCUGUGCUUGUCUGUGGCCACCCUGCUGCUGCAGAGCCUCUGGGUGCCACUUGAGAUGACCAGGGGUGAAGCUGCUGCUGCUGCUGGGAGAUCUCCUGAACAGAGUGAUGAUCCUCGCCUCCACAGGCUGGCUGUUCGAUUGGAGGCCUUGAACACUCAGGUGCAGAGACUGAGCAGUAAGACCCGGCUGAACAGGAAUGAUUUCAGUUUACUGCUGCAGAGCUUCAGACAAGACCAGCAGGGAUUGGCUCACCUGGUAGAGAGGGAGCUGCAGAAAGUAUCUCAGAGACUCGAUCGGCUCGCCCUUCAUCAUCAUCACCACCAUCAGGCUUCCACAUCGACUCCACACAUGUACAUCGGACCUUAUAACAGUAAAGGACUUAAUAAGAAGUGUGAGGUGCCAACAGAUCCAGCCUAUCCAGUGUGUGCCGAGAAGGUGGAGUUCCUGAGGGCAUGGUGGCAAUCAGACCCCUGUUAUGCAUUUUAUGGGGUGGAUGGCUCCACCUGCUCCAUAUUGGUGUAUCUUAGUCAGAUGGAAGACUUUUGUCCAGCCCAACCUGGAGAGAACCACACAGCAGUGCCGUGGCAUCACAAAACUCCUUCCUAUACGAAGAAGGCUAUGAUACGUGAUACUUUAAGCCCGCUGUACGAGGUAAUCAGCAACAGCAGCAGUCCGGCAGUAAAGUUCAUCCAAUCCAGAGUGGAGAGGAUGUCUGAAAGGUGGACCUGGGCUGGGAAAAAAAUGAAACAGAGCAGAAUCAAGACAGUCACACCUCAGAUGAAGGUGCUGCUUUAUCUCGGUGCCCUGGUCGGCAGUGUUGGCCAGCGUUUUGAAGCAACAAUAGACAGAGGUGGUCCUCUUGGAGAACUGGUCCAGUGGGCUGACCUCAGUGCCUGCCUGACCAUCUUGGGACAUAACCUGACCUUCAGCACUUCACAGCAUCAACUCCACAGCCUGAUAGGCGCUGCUCCGGGUCAGGGCAGCUGUCCUAUCCAGAGACCUCUCACCUUUGACCUCAUCUAUACAGACUACCAUGGGCUUGCUCACCUCCAUAGAGCUAUGGGACUGGCUUUCCAACAUUACCAGUGUCGUUUCAGGAUCCUGGAUUCAUUUGGCACAGAACCAGCCUUUAACUUGGCAAGUUAUGCACAUAUUCGUGGAUAUAAAACCCUGUGGGGUAGCUGGGGUCUCCAACCUUUGCAGUAUAUGACAAUGUUCCCUCAUACCCCUGAUAACUCCUUCCUGGGCUUUGUUAGUGAAGAGGUGGUGAAGAAGGAGGUGAGGGAUGGCGGGCUCAAGCCAGAGAGCUACAAGAAAGACAGGAUAGCAGUGGUCUAUGGCAAACAGGAAUACAUGUGGCAGGGUAAAUCUGAAUAUGUGGAGGUGAUCAGCAAGGAACUGGAGAUUCAUGGCACAGUUUACCAACCUCCAGGACAGACUUCUAGUCUACCCAGUUUCGUCAAAAACCACGGACUUUUGUCUCAGGAAAACUUCCUGCAGCUUCUCCGCAGAGCAAAGGUGUUUGUAGGUCUUGGAUUUCCCUAUGAGGGUCCUGCUCCUUUUGAGGCAAUAUCUCUGGGCUGUGUGUUUCUGCAGCCACGGUUUGACCCUCCACACUCAUCCCACAACAACGACUUCUACAAAGGCAAGCCCACUACAAGACAGAUUACUUCCCAGCAUCCUUAUGCUGAGCAGUUCAUCGCUAAACCAUAUGUGUGGACUGUGGACAUGACCAACAGGACGGACAUUAGGGAAGCAGUCAAGUCGAUUCUAAAAACUAAGGGUGGCAGGGGGGCUAGCGCCUAUCUCCAGCAGUCAUGGGGCAAGAGGCAGGGUACACCCUGGACAGGCCACCAGUCCGUCACCCAUUCAAACCCUGGACCUUCUUGCUGCAGGGUGAAGCCUUUCACUCCUCUAGAGUUCACUUGCUUGGGAAUGUUGGAGCGAGUACGUAAUUACAUCACUCACCAGAACUUCUGUGGUAAAUCUGUCGCUACAUGGCCUCCAGAAAGUGCUCUGAGGGUUCAUCUGGGUCCACUGGGUGAGUCCUGUGUGGAUGUGUGUCAGCACUCCUCCCUCGUGUGUGAACCUGCUUUCUUUCACCACCUCAACACCCCUGACAUAUUUAGCAGGCUCAGAUUGGGUUGUUCCAGCACGGUGCAGGAAGUCAGCCAUUUGUUUCCUUCUUACAGCCCAUGGGGGCGUCUAUGUGGCCUCCAGCAGGAGCCUCUGCUCUUCAGCUGCGCUGGAUCUGACUCUUCACAUCGCAGACUAUGUCCUUGUAGAAGUCACCAUGAAUAAGAGGUGGCUUGCUUAGACGGCCUUUGAAUAGAACUGUGGAAGAACUCAGGGACAUUGCAAUGAAUUUUUUGCAGCCAAAGGGAAGUUCUGUCAAAGCUUUACAGAACUUUGCAAUCUUGUCUGUUCUCUUUAUAAAAUGAAUUAGGAUACAGUUGAGUCCGUAGCUAUCUGGAAACUAGAUUUGACCAAUGCAGGUAAAUACUUUUACAGUUGCUGUCAAUACUCAGGAAACAGUCUUGAAGUUUUGUAGUUUGUAGUUUUGAAGUCCUGCUUAUAUUUUUAUUUUGUCUUUGAUGGAAAAUGUUUUUUUUUUUAUCAAUAAAUUCUUUGGAUGUAUUUAAAUUAAAG